CUCGGAGGGGACAGGCAGGGAGGCAGUGAGAGACGGCACAAGCUGCCCAUAAAUUGCUUUGGAAAAGGAGGGAGAGAGAGGAGAGAAAUAGCUGGAGACUGAGCAGAUGCACUGGCAGGAGCAGAGCUGAGCAGCUCUUCCCCCCCUCCUCCUGUCUCUUUGUUGGCACAGAUAAAAAUCUUGAAUGUAGGGAAAGGACCACCACCUCACUGCAAGCCUCAUUCCCAGCCUGUUUGGCAUAGCUGGAUCCAGCGUAGAGCUGCUGGUGCGGCAGGCUAAUGGCAGGCUAGUCGGGGCUGUAAAGCUCUGUGGCAGCGAGAAGAGGAGGGAAAAAAGGAGGAGGGGCUGUGGUGAGCUGGUGGGCUUCCUCUGCCUCACAGACACAUUUUAUUGACUUGCUAAUUGGAUGAGGCACUCGGAGGAGAGGAUGCGGUGACCGAGAGGAGCUGCUCUCCAGAGGAGGGAUACAGGCACAAGGAAGCUUUGCUUGGAUUGCGUACAUUUGGCUACUUUCCCCCUUUUUUAUUUUCUGGAGAAAUAACAACAGAUGUUUUUCAGCAUCUCUCAGUGACCCUCGCACCAUGCAUACAUAAUUUUAUGCAUGACAUUGUCGAAUGGAGGCUCCAGCUGCCAGACGCUUCGUGACAAGUGAAUGAUUUCCAUUUUGAUGUUUUUUUUUCAUCCUACUCCCUUUCACCUGUUUUUUUCCUCGGACUGAUCAUUUGGGGUUUCUUUUCUUGUCAGCCUUGUUUGAUGUGCCAUUGGUAUUUAUAGUAAUCCAAUGGAAAGAUAAAUUAAUUUGCACAAAUCAAAUGUACCAGGGACUGUGCAAUGGAUAUUCUUCAGGAGAAAAAAAAAUGAAGGUAUGUUACGAGCAAAAGCAAACCAUACACUGUAUUAAGGUGGCAUCAUUCAGCCAGUUCUGAUUUUAGUCCUAGUCAAGAAAUGAAUCAACCGAAGCUACUGACUGUUGCAUAAUUCCAGUCUGAAAUGUGAGGCUUAGACUGUAGAAGGAAAUGUCCUCUUAUUUCUCUCCAUGUGUCUGCAUGUCAGAUCUGUACAGAAAAAAAGAGUUUAUAAAGGGAAGGAAUGCAAAUAGAGGAAAGGAUUAUGAAUGAAUCAGUGAUACAGAGCAGUAGUAACGGUGUGCAUUGAGGGAGGAUUAAUGGAGGCAUUAAAAAAAACAGUCUAGACUUAUUUCACCACAGGGUCAGGCUUUAAAAAAUAUUCAGAUCUGUAAUUCACUGUUAUUUUUUACUCACUCUGUGUCUAUUAAGGUUUAAAACUGGAAUCUCUGUCAAGUUCACAAGCCUGAUAUCAGACCCUAUCAGCUACACAAGGUUUGAUCAGGUGUCUGAUCUUGAUCUCUCUCAUCUGCUUCAGUCUUGUCCCGGUCGCCAUGACUGAGCUUUGCAGGUCUGGCUAGGUCAGAGAGCAGGUGCCACUGUGCUGAGGUCUGCUGUCCCAAUGAGCAAAGCAGGCAACCCACAGAAACGCACCACCUACCUCAUCUCCCUCACUCUGGUGAAGGUUGAGGCUGUGCCAGAGGAUGUAGAAGGGAACCAAGUGCAGGAGGCUCUUCCAGAGGGGGAAGGGAGCCCAAGGAAGGAGAAGGCAAACAAUGUCCCUGAAAAGGAGGAAGGGCCUGUGUGCACACAAGUGGUGGAAAGGGAGAGCAUACAGGUGGAAGAAGUGGAACAAGUGCAGGUAAAGCAUGACAGCCCCAGUGAGAACAAGGGGAAGCCUGAGAGGAGGGACACUCAUGGACCGCAAAAGGACAUCGCAUCUGUUGCUAAAAGUAAAGACAUGUCUUUUGUACAUGCACCUGCAAGGCAAAUGGUCAAAGUGUAUGGAGGAACUACCUCUGAGGGGACCGUGCACAGAGAGGGCCCCCGCUCAGAGGCCAUGCGUCCUAAGACUGAGCUCUACAGAGAGCCCCCCAUGCUUUUCCUUAAGGGUGAAAAUGGAGCAGAUCUGAACAGUCGCUCACGCUGCAGCCUCCCUUUUUCCAUCCCGCCGCAGGUCAGCCCACGUCCUGAAGUGCUCAUGAGGCCUCAUGUAGGUGGAAACACAUGCUGGAGGGACCUCCGAGAGACCAACACAAGCAUGUAUCACUCUGCUAAGACUUUGGACCGAAGGGAUAACCGCAUCGGGGACCAGUCCCCUUUAAUGGCAGCUACAACUCUGGGGCCUUACAGGGCGUCCUGGGCCGACAGCGAUGGCAGAGGCACACUCAUCCGUCCUGGAGCUCCCAUGAGCGGAGGAUUUACAGGAGUAAUGACCAGGGACAGCCCUCAGGGGGAGAGAUUUAAGACGGUGUCCGUUGCCUUGCCUGCACCUUCUGCCACUGAUAUGUCCAAGCCUCAAAGAAAAGGUACAAGUCGUACUCUGGACAACAGUGACCUACAUUCCUUCUCCGAGGACCUGAAGAAAGGGAAAGAGGGCCAAGGAGGAACAAUCCAGCGGGCUCCUGCUCGUGACCGCAAAAUGCUGAAGUUCAUCAGUGGAAUUUUUACCAAAAGUACAGCUGUGCCACCCAGUGCUGCACCUCCCCUUUAUCCAGCUGUGGAGAGAGGCUCCAGUGAGGAGGAGGCUGCAUGCACCAGCAGUCAGGAAUGGACCAUGAGCCAAACAGUGCAAACCGUGCAAGAACUUCAUCUGGGUGUUUUAGGAGGUUUGUGCAGUGGAAAAUCUGCUUUGGUUCACAGACACUUGACAGGGAGUUACCUUCCUCUGGAGAAUGCUGAGGGGCGUCAGUGCAUUAAGGACGUCCUGGUUGAUGGACAUAGUCACGUACUGAUAAUCAGAGAGGAAACAGAUCCUCCAAGUGCUCAGCUUGCGGGCUGGGUGGAUGCAGUCAUCUUGGUCUUCAGUUUGGAAAACGAGGCCAGUUUUCAGGAAGUUUACAAAAUCUACCACCAGCUUGCCCUCCACCGGCCUAUUACCGAGAUACCUUUCAUAGUAGUCGGCACUCAGGAUAAGAUCAGCAGCAACAACCCAAGAGUAAUAGAUGAUGCCAGGGCUAGACAGCUCUGCUCAGAUGUGCGGCGUUGUACUUACUAUGAGACCUGCGCUACCUAUGGCCUCAAUGUCAACAGGGUCUUCAAUGAUGCUGCUCAGAAGAUCAUGGCAGCCAAGAAACAAGCUGCUCUCCUGGCUUCCUGUAAAUCCCUCCCUAACUCUCCCACUCACUCCGGAGGCUCCACCCCAGUGUCGGGCAUCUUUCCAGGACAGGCCAGUAAUGGUGGCCAGAGCAGUGACUACUCCUCAUCGCUUCCCUCCACUCCUGUGAUUAGUCACAAAGAGAUCUGCAAGACAACGAGAGGAGAAAAGCAGGACAGCACCACUCCAGGGACAGUCCGCAGUGCCACUCGGAGACGCACCAACAGAUUUGCAGGUCGGAGAGGCAGUGAUUCCAACAGAAGGAGUGCUGACAGCAUGGGCAGUGGGCGUUGUAUUCCCAUAAAACAGGGCAUCUUGCUGAAACGCAGUGGGAACUCGCUCAACAAAGAGUGGAAGAAGAAGUAUGUCACGCUGUCCAACGAUGGCAUACUGUCCUAUCACUCCAGUGUCAAUGACUACAUGCUGAAUGCCCCGGGGAAAGAGAUGGACCUGCUGCGAGUGACAGUAAAAGUGCCAGGAAAGCGGCCGCCACGUGCUGUACCCGCCUGUGGCCCACCUGCUGGGCUCAACGGGCGGGUCAAAGACAUGCAGGGACCCGAGGCUCUCAGUCCAGUCCCAGUAAGUGCAAGUAGCCUCCUUCAAGUGGAGGAAAUGGAGGGUCUGGGUGGGGCCCUAUUCCUGAGGGGCAACAGAGGGGUCCAGAGAUGUCCUUCCACAGCAUCGAACCACGCUCAAAGUGUUGACUCUGCAAUGGAGGGCGUGUCCAGUUCUUCAUCCACCAAAGACGUAGGCUCAGCUUCCCCGGUGACAGACAGGAAGAAACAUCGCAGAAAGAAGAGCAUGAACCAAAAGGGGGAUGCAACCAUUGGCCAAGCAGAUGCCAAACGGAAAAUGUGGAAGCUGAAAAGUUUUGGUAGCUUAAGAAACGUAAGCAAGACAGAGGAGGAUAAUUUCGACUUCCUCAUUGUGUCGAGCACUGGCCAAACAUGGCACUUUGAAGCCCAGAGUGUGGAGGAGAGGGACUCCUGGGUCCAGGCCAUAGAGAGCCAGAUCCUGGCCAGUCUGCAGCUGUGUGAGAGCAGCAAAAACAAGGAUCGAAAGAACAGUCAGAGUGAAGCUGUGGCUCUGCAGGCGAUCCGAAACGCAAAGGGCAACAAUUUCUGUGUCGACUGUGAUGCUCCAAAUCCGACCUGGGUCAGUCUGAACCUCGGAGCUCUCAUAUGUAUAGAGUGCUCUGGGAUCCACAGGAACCUGGGCACCCACCUGUCACGUGUUCGCUCUCUGGACCUGGACGACCUGCCACGAGAGCUCACUCUGGUUCUCAGCGCCAUCGGCAACCACAUGGUCAACAGUAUAUGGGAGGCACGCACCAUGGGCCACCGUAAACCAUCUCCUGAUGCUACACGAGAGGAGCGGGAGUCAUGGAUUAGAGCCAAAUAUGAGCAGAAACUGUUUGUGGCGCCGCUGCCUCCUCCCACUCCCAGUGAGGGGCCAGACCUCACACUAUCCGGCCGUCUUCUUUUGGCAGUGAUGGAGCAUAACCUCCCCAAGCUGCUUCUCCUUUUGGCCCACUGCACUAAGGAGGACAUUAAUGCCCCUCUCAGCCUGGCGCUUUCCUCCAGGGCGCUAUUAGCUCUGCGUCUGCCCGGCUCUGCCCUGCACGCUGCCUGCCAACAGGGCGAUGUGGUGAUGACGCAGCUUCUUGUUUGGUAUGGCUGUGAUCUCCGGUAUCGAGAUGCUCAGGGGCAAACAGCACUCGCUCUGGCGCGCAGUGCUGGCAGCCAAGAGUGUGUUGACAUCUUGCUUCAGUAUGGGUGCCCAAAUGAACCAGCCCCCUCUGUUGCCUCGACAGUCGGUUUUGCAGCAUCCGUUACAUCCAGUUUCCCUGUUGCCAUGACGCCCAGUCUGACGGUUGCCACGACACUCAAGAUAUCGCACAAGAGCGGCGGCACCAGCUUGAGUUACAGCACCUCUAGAAGAGCAGUGUCAUAAUCAAAAUGUGGUGUGGUGCAAUGUAUGUGAGUAAGCUUGCGUAUGUGUUGAGCCAGUUGCUUCGCCCUCAUCGUGUCCUGUACAUUAACACAGGCCGGCAGGACUGAUGAACGUGUCGGCUGAUGUUGCACUCCUGGAGCCUGAUGAGGUCUAAAAGGGUGUGUUGAGUGUUUGUUUGUCACUUACUGGUAAUCACACAGGUAUAGUCCGUCUGCUGAAAAGGUUUAACCAAAAGGAAAAGAGGAAUUCUCCUGAACAUGACAUUCAGAUGCCUCUGCGUUCUGACUUAAUAGGAAUGUAUUGCACUGUAUACCAGCUGGUAUGAGUCCCAUUUCAUCACGCAGUAUUUUAAGAGUCAGUAUUUAAUGUUUUUCACACACAGUUGACCCUGGAAAUCUUGCCUUUGGCCUCAAAUGUCAUCAGUAAAGACCUGCAAUAAGUUUACUAUUUGAUAGACCGACACCUUGGUUUGUCUUGAUCUGUUUGGAAUCCCAACUCAUCAACAGCUGGUAAUUGACAAUGAAUGUCACUGAUGAAUUCAAAGUGCAUAUACUGUGUUUUGUUUAGCACACCUGGCUGAGUUGUGCAUUAAAAUAAUGUUGUGUAACUUGAUAAAAAAAAAAAAAAAAUAUUGUAACUAUGGCUGAAGUUGAGAGGCUGUUUUAAAGAUUAUCAAAAAUAACUGUAUAGAAAUGCAUUGAUAAAAAAAAUUCUAAUUCUAAAAAAAAAAAGUCAUUUUCAAGAUUGUUAUUGUAUGAUUUGUACAGUCAGUUGUGUGUAUAACUCUCAAAGGGUUACUCAGAGCUGUUCAGACUCUUCGUUUAAUUUUCCUUUGAGAAGCACCUGAUUAACUCUUCGACACCAGAGACUGAGAUUUCUUUGUUUUGUUUGUAUCACUGUGUGUGACAUGAACACUGUACCUGAUUUGUGUGUCAAUGCCUGCAGAGGGACUGACUCCAGCUGCAGGUUAUUUUCAAGGUGAGUGUAAUGCUAGGUAUGUAAAUGAACAAAUGAAUUGCCUUGAUUUUGACUGAAUGUAUAUGAAACAGAUGGUUUGACUUAUUUCAGACACUAACACGUGUUAUUCAGAUGAUACAGCUCUGGUUACAUCACUAAUAUUAUUCCUGCUGUGACAAAUAGAAAUUAAAAGUAUGUUUUAUUAUUUAAUUUAUUACAUUUCAACUUGGCUAUAAAACUGGGCCUUUGAAUGAUGAUGAUAAUGAUUGUAAGUGGCUUAAAAUCAAUAUGAAACAGAGGAAAGAUGCCCAAAUUAAGAU